AUGAAAGAUCUCGGCCAUUUGAGAUAUUUCCUUGGAAUAGAAGUUGAUAAAUCUUCUGAAGGUUAUUUUAUAUCACAAGUUAAGUAUGCAACUGAGAUUCUCAGUCGAGCUGGUCUAAGUGACAGCAAGGUCGCAGAAACACCUUUAGAACUGAAUGCUAAGCUCAAUCCUUUUGAAGGAAAAGCCUUACCUGAUCCAACCUUAUACAGGCAACUAGUGGGUAGUUUAAAUUAUUUAACUAUCACAAGACCGGAUAUUAGUUAUGCUAUUCAUGUAGUAAGUCAUUUCAUGUCAGCUCCGCGUACCACACACUUUGCUGCAGUUCUCAGAAUUCUCCGAUACAUCAAAGGUACUCUAUAUCAAGGAUUGCAAUUCUCUUCACAAUCAGAAUUGCAUCUUCAUGCUUAUGCAGACUCGGAUUGGGCAGGUGAUGUAAUAUACAGAAGAUCCACUUCUGGUUAUUGUAUGUUUCUAGGAAACUCCUUAAUUUCUUGGCGAAGUAAGAAACAAUCAAUUGUCUCUCGAUCCAGUGCUGAGGCAGAAUAUAGAGCUACGGCUCACGCUACCUCAGAAAUAAUUUGGCUACGGUGGUUACUUAGUGACAUGGGAAUUCUCCACUCCUUUGUAUUGUGA